CUUAUCCACAGCUCCAUCCGGUCAACAACUGACGUAGCUCCAAUUGACACAUGCCGCUUGGCGACGACAAUCAGUGCCGGGCAUUGCCCACGGCUCAACUCGACUGGAUUCGAUUCGACUCGAACUCUCAUUGACAAGCUGCUGCGUCUACAUGCUGCCCAGCUACUAACUAUACCUGUACGCGUACCAAGUGUUGUAUUCGUACACCUCAGCGCUUCCUCCAAUUGCCGCCGCCGCUAGGUAUUUCCGCUUCCAGUUCCAUGCUUCCCUCAGCCCGCCAGCCCUCCAUCGCUCCUGCCUGCCCCCCGACCUGCCAUCGUUUGCUGGCCCGGUCCUACCUGCCUGCCUUGCCCGCCUGCCUUGCCUACCUGCCUACCUGCUUUCUUUCCUGCGUCCCUGCGUCCCUGCGUCCCUGCCUGUCUAGCUCGCCACAAAAACCGACCGCCUGAGGCAUCAUCAUCCAGCGUCCAGCCCCCGAGGCAGGCACGAAUCAUCUGCACCGCUUGCCCUGGUCUGUGGCGACUCGGUCAAG